AUGGUGGAAGAAAAUAGAAAACAAACCCCGGAAGAAGCUACAGCUGAUGAAAAGGAAUUGAACAAAAUGGGUGUCACUAUAAUGAAUGCAGAGGAAGAAGAAUGUGAUGAAGACAAAGAUUAUCAAGAGCUGCUAGAACAGCUAGCGUUAGAAUCGGGUCAUAGACAAACCUGGAUGAGUGUCGAACCACCAAAAUGGGGAGAACCAGAUGGAGGAGUUGAUUAUAGUGACGAUGAUGAAUGGGAUAAUGAGAAUAUUGAAACCUAUGAAGUGUUCAUGAUUAAAGUAGAGAAUGGUGACUCGGGAGAAGAAACUAUCAAGUCAGAACUAGAAGAUUAUUCACCUGCCUUUAGAUUUUUCAAUAAUAGAGUCCCUGACCUUGGACUUUUUACUAGCCCAUUCUCUAACCCCGGAAAAAAAGCUUUAGAGUCAGAUGAUGAAUCCACUCAAAGCAGAGUUGUGGUAACACCAAGUGAAACAGGGUCAGAAAAUUGUAAAGAAAAUACUAACCUGGAAACUGACAAAGAAGGAGACAACGAAUUCUGGUACAGCCAUGAUGAUGACGAAACUGUAAUAACCCAAAAAAAGGAAGAUAGAUGCCAUGAAAUAAGUAAAGAAAAAGAAGUAUUUAUGAUAAAAAUGAAAAAUGAAGAUGAACAGAAGGAAGGUAUCGAAGUAGAAAACAUCGUACCAGGACCCAGCGAACGGACCCUUAAUGAAAUAAAUGGCCAAGCGUGGACCCAAAGUAUGACACCACUAUACUUUCAGAAAAUGACUAGUGACUGCCAUAGUGCUUUAAGCUUCCUCCACCUGAACUGA